UUUGAAUUCUGGCUCCUCCCACUUCCGCUGCACAGGUGAGUCGUGCGUGACGUCAUCGAGCAUGAAGGGAGGAAACUGCGUUUGGUAGCCAAGUUUUUCCUUCUAAGCUGGGAUCAAACAUACGGAUACAGAUAUGUGCGAUUUCGACAAGCAGAAAGGCCCUGGGCGGCUAAUGAAGAAAGGAUUGACCCUCAUUGUCAUCGGUCAUGUUAAUUUCAUCCUAAGUGCCAUUGUCCAUGGCAGCGUAUUACGCCACAUAUCCAAACCCAGCAAUGAGAUUUCAACAGAAUAUACUGCAGCAAACAUCAUCUCCGUCACCUCAGGACUGCUGAGCAUUGCAAGUGGAAUUGUUGCAAUAUUGGUGUCAAGAAAUAUUACCAAAACGAAACUGCACAUCGGCCUGUUAGUGAGUUCCUUUCUGAACGCCUUUCUCUCACUGGCGUGUUUAGUGGGGCUGAUUUUGGCAAUCAGCAUGACCAUUUCAGCCGACGGGAGCGCGCUCAUGAAAGGAUGUAAUUCCACUAACAUGCCUGUGAAUGCACGUUCUCCAGUCAUCGUUAACUGUCCUUUUGAUGCCACCCGCAUCUAUGACACAACUCUUGCUCUGUGGUUCACCUGUGCUGUUUUCAGUGCACUGGAGGCUGGACUGUCAGUGUGGUGCUUUAUUGUGGGUCUCCAGUUAAGAGGAAUUGGACCUUGUGCGCGAAACUACAUCAGAGAGCAGCUGGAAGAGGAGGCACUGGCAUCAGGAUCAAAAAAGAACCGAGACCAAAAGACUCAAGGGCAGCGUCUUAUUGCACAUCACUCCGCCAACGCUUAGAGAAACAAUCCCAAGGUUAAGGUGAAAUUUUAAUUAAAUGCUGUGUAGUGAAACAUCAUAAUAGUAGUUUGCAUUCAUACGGAGUUACAUUCUGAAUUUGUAUUAAUUGAUAAUGUUAGGUGUUUUGGAGAUGAUUUAAAGCACUGAGGUUGAUAGAGACUGUAUGUUGGUAAUUAAGCCAAAAACAUCAUAGAUUGUAUCCAUUAUGUUAUUUUCCCAAAACUGUAUCUGGAGUUACAUGCGUUGCAGUUCUUUUUUUACGUUGAAACACCCAACUUGUGCAUAAUUUCAAAAUUAGGUUGAUUUGUGUUCUUUUUUUUAUAUGAUGUUAUUAUGCUUGUGAUGUCUAAUAUACCAAAAAUAUUUUAGUUUACUUUAAAGAAACUGUUUUAAUAGCUAACGUGCCACAGAUUGAGCUCUCUAAAGCUGGUAGGCAUACAAAUAUUUCAUUAUGCAGUAUAGAGUGUGCCAGAACGCCGUGAGACAUGUUAAUAUGAGUUGGAUUUAAUGAUGAAGAGAGAACCUCACAGACACAGAGAAUCCAGUA